AUGUCUCCCACAAGUCAUGGGCUGCUCUUCCAACUGGCUUCAAACAACUUCCUUCACACCCAGGCUCUAUCCAACAACAUUCUCUUUGAUAACACUGUCAUCUCUCCUCACGAAUUCCUCUUGAAAUCAACAAACGUCUUUUUAGAAUUGCAAAAGAGAAAAAUUUCUCCCUUAAACAACUUCACUGACUCCCAGGCUACAACCCUAAGACAUGUUGCUAUCUCCUCAUCAAGUGUAUCAAUUGUGUUUGGCAUAAUAGCCUUUUACCAUUUAUUCGCAAUAGACCCCCGAAGAAGAGUCUUCCGCCACGAACUAAUUCUCUUUCUAAUCCUUUUUGACUUCAUUAAAGCUGUAGCUCUACUAUUUUAUCCUGCAAGAGUCGUUAUCGUUCAUAAAGCUUACUACAAUGAUAACUUUUGCGACAUUGUAGGCUUCUUUACUGCGAUGGCAAUCGAAGGUGCUGACAUCGCCAUCCUAUCCUUUGCAGUCCACACUGCCCUACUAAUCUUCAAACCAAACAGAACCUUUAAAGACACUUCAAACAACAGAUACGAAGGUGGUCUAUUUCCCUACAGAUACUACGUCUAUCUAUUCUCAAUCCUAACUCCCAUCACCCUAGCUUCUCUAGCCUUUGUUAAUGGCACAGGCUAUGAAGCUCUAACUGUAUGGUGCUACCUCCCUGCAAGACCAAAAUGGUAUCGCCUAGUGCUAAGCUGGGUCCCCAGAUACUGCAUCGUUGUUACCAUCUUGUUAAUAUACAUCUCCAUCUACAUUUAUGUCAUGAAAGAAUUCAAAGCCAUUUCAAACUUGCACAAUGAAAUUAACAACGUUCAAAGUAAUAAACUCAAAUUCAAUAAACGUUUUUUUCACAAUUUAAAAUACUAUUUCAACACUUAUUUUCUAGAUUAUGAAUUUAAUGACUACAACCGCAAUAUAAGCAAAUCAUUCGAAGGCUCUUCAUCUUCCACAAACAUAAACAACCCAAACACCUCAAAAACUCUUACUGCUCAAACUCUUAAAAUCCAGGAAAAUAUGCACGAAGCCUCGCUCUCUUCCUUUCAAAAGAAGAAAUACCAAAUCAAAAAACAAAUGCGAACUAUCUUCAUUUACCCAAUCUCCUACAUCAUUCUCUGGCUAGGUCCUUUUGCCUCUCAAUGCAUCCAAUAUGAAUGGGAACUAGAAAAUGGCCCUGUUUACUGGCUAACCAUCAUCUCAGCUUUUAUGCAGGCCUUCAACUGCACCGUCGACACCUCUGUUUUCCUCUACAAAGAAAGACCUUGGAAUUGCUCAGUAAUGAAAGUCGAAGAAAAAAUUCGUAAAAAGGGUGGAAUCCCCAUCAAUAACUGGAAAUCUAAUGGCUAUAAUGGUAAAGAAAAAUGGAGAAUCUAUCUAAACUGGUUACCGCUAUACCAUUUGCCUAAUGAAAACACCGUAUUUCAAAAUCAA